CAGAAAACCUGACUUCAGGGUACUUCCAAACGGUUCCAGUACUUGCAGUAACUGUUCUAUUUUUGGGAGGUCAUUUGGAAGGUGACAAAGAGCCUGACACUUGAAAUGUUCAAAGCCACCUACAGAAGGUUGUGACUUUGUUGCAGGUGACUUGGAUGGCUGUAAAACCCACACAGACAGUAGUACAAUAAAGAAGAGCAUGAGGUGGAGCAGGAGGUGGACUUGUUAAAAGAGUAAAAAGAGAGGAGGGUGAGGCCCUCUUAUCAGACUUUCCCAGAAAACGCAAUAAAACAUAUAAAUCCUUUCCUGUAACUGUUGUUGAUUUCUGUCAAUAAUUAUAUCUUGGAUCAUGUGAAUGUAGCAUGAAUGUGAGUGAACUCGGACAUAAGGGGAGAGAUUUCAACAAGCUGAAAACAGACUUGUGUGGCUGCGAACACAACAGACGCACUGUAGAUAUGAAGAGCUUCAACCCUCUCCUGCGGCUGGUCAUUCCUCUGCUGCUGACCCAGCAGGUGUCCUGUGCUGUGAUGUCCCAGUCCGAAUCACACAACAAAAUACAACCGGACGGCGAACUCUCAGAGUGUCCAGUCCUGAGAAGGACAGACUUUACUCAUUUGGAGAAGUUGAGAAACAGAACCCACUACAUUGCCAGAAGCUGUAAGGAGAUCAAGGAGAGAUAUGCAGAGGAAGAGGAUGGCCUGUACUACCUGACCACCACCAGUGGGACCGUGUACCAAACCUUCUGUGACAUGACCACCGCGGGAGGAGGCUGGACGCUGGUGUUGAGCGUGCACGAGAACAACAUGUAUGGAAAGUGCACAACAGGCGACCGGUGGUCCAGCCAACAGGGCAGUAACCCCAACCUGCCAGAGGGGGAUGGAAACUGGGCCAACAGCGCCACCUUCGGGACAGUAGAGGGAGCCACCUCUGAUGACUUUAAGAACCCUGGUUAUUACGACAUAGCGGCUGAAGAUGUGGCAGUGUGGCACGUCCCCAACAGGUCACCUCUGGCCCACUGGAACCUGGCCUCCAUCCUGCGCUACCACACAGAGAGACGCUUCCUCACCUUGUAUGGGGGGAACCUGUAUGAGCUCUUUAAGCGCUACCCUGUACGGUACAACGUUGGGUCAUGCAGUGACAGAGGACCCUCCAUACCAGUAGUGUACGACUACGGAAGCAAGCAAUCGACCAGAGAAUUUUAUGGUCCUACGUCAAGGGCCGGCUUUGAGGCCGGAUUUAUCACUUUCAGAGCCAUAAAUACUGAAAAGGCAGCCUCGGCUAUCUGCUCUGGGGUCAAGCCAACCGGAUGUCAAACUGAGCACUACUGUAUAGGAAGAGGAGGACAUUUCCCUCAAAGUGCCCCACUUCAGUGUGGUGACUUUGCUUACUUUGACUCGGAUGGCUAUGGAACAAAUUUGGGCGGUAGUGCCUCAAAGGAGAUCACAGAGGCAGCUGUGCUGUUAUUCUACAGAUGAGCAGCCUGGUAACCAUAGUCUGAGAUUCAGUGAAGCCCAACCAUAAUGAAUCAUAACUCUGGAAUAAGAUAUGGAGCAAGACAAUACUUUUUAAAACGUUUUUACAAUUGUUUGUGUUUUUUUACUGUCACACUGACAGUACUAUAAUAAAGUACACCACUACGUGGAUGAAACUCUUAGGUAAAAACUUGUUAAAAAAGAGGAGGGUAAGUCACGUUUUUGUGGAUGAAAACAAAACGUGAGAUGUCUGGUCCUCUUAUCAGUCGUUCCCAGCAAAUGCAAUAAAACAUUAACUUCCUGUAACUGUGCUAUUGAUUUCUGUUAAUUAUUAUAUCUUGGAUCAAGUGAAUGUUGUGUGAUCAAGGAGAUCUCUACUGAGCACUACUGUAUAGGAGGAGGAGGACAUUUCACUCAAAGUGCCCCACUUCAGUGUGGUAACAUUCCCAACCUUUGAUUGGGAUGGCUAUGGAACCAAUGUAAAGCACAGUGCCUCAAAGACGAUCACCGAGGCAGCUGUGCUGUUAUUCUACAGAUGAGCAGCCCGGUAACCAUAGUCUGAGAUUUAGUGAAGCCCAACUAUAAUGAAUCAAAACUCUGGAACAAGAUAUGGAGCAGGACAAUACUUUUGAAAACGUUUUUACAAUUGUUUGUGUUUUUUUACAGUCACACAGACAAUAGCACAAUAAAGUAGACAACGUGGAUGAAACACUUAUAGCAAAAACGUUAAAAGAGAGGAGGGUUAGUCACGUUUUUGUGGAUCAAAACAAAACAUGAGAUGUCUGGACCUGGUAUCAGUCUUUCCCAGCAAACGCAAUAAAACAUUAACUUUCUGUAACUGUGCUAUUAAUUUCUGUUAAUUAUUAUAUCUGGGAGCAUGUGAAUGUGGCGUGAAUGUGAGUGGAGUC